AGAUCUAUUUCUGUGUAUUGUAGUGUAAGUAAAUCUCCAAGCACUAGUGGUCGCAGUUCCACUUCUUCUACAAAGUUGACAUCUUGCUCACCCUCUUGGCUGACUGCGAUGAUGUCGUUUGUGGUGACAUGUUAGACUUCCGCAUAGGUGUUGCUCUGUGAAUGGAAGUAUCUGUAUAGUUAGCUAUGUCAAGUAAAAUGCUAGCUUUUUAAGGAUUCGCGCAGAGGUGUGUCUAACCGACUAUCAACUAGGUAGUAGUUUAUGGAGAUAUUUGUGUUUUUCACCGUAUGUCGCUUCUUGGACCACAGAAAAAAACUAGCUAGCAAGAAGUGACUAUCCUUACUAGUCACUCGCUACGUUAGUUGAUCACUAUCUAGAUAUCAAUCCAUCUAGAUUGUUGCCAAUAUUCACCACCGGUGUCUUUUUGGAAUGGAGAAUGGAUUUUUGUCUAUGUGAAAUAGUUCAAUGUCUGGUGUCAUUGGCAGCGCUCGUUUUAAUAUUGGUUGUAGUUGUAGCUCAUGUCACUGCUCCUGGAAUGGUCGAUUUGAGUCGUCAUGAAAAGGAGAAGUAUUUCCGCACUGCCCAGGGGAAGAAGGAGAGCUUCCCAAGUCUGUUUGACCCUCAUUCACUGGAGCUCUCAGUCGUAGUACCUUCUUACAAUGAGGAAGAAAGAUUGCCUGUGAUGAUGGAGGAGACUAUGGAGUACUUGGAAAAAAGACAGAAGCAGAAUCCUUCCUUCUCUUAUGAAGUUAUUGUGGUCGAUGAUGGCAGCAAAGACAAGACAUCCGAGGUUGCCUUAGGUUACACCGAGAAGUAUGGUGCAGACAAAGUGAGAGUCUUAACCCUGGUCAAGAACCGUGGCAAGGGUGGAGCAGUCAGAAUGGGAACUCUCAGCUCACGCGGUAGUUUAAUCCUCAUGGCGGACGCAGAUGGAGCCACAAAAUUUGAAGACAUUGAGAAGGUGGAGGCAGGCUUAAAGAACCUCAGCCCAAAGCCUGAUAAUAUGGCCAUAGCUUGUGGAUCUAGAGCCCACUUAGAAGAGGAGUCGGUGGCUAAGCGGUCCUUUUUCCGCUCAGUCCUGAUGUAUGGGUUCCACUUCCUGGUUUGGUUCUUCUGUGUGAGGGGGAUCAAGGAUACGCAGUGCGGCUUCAAGCUCUUCACCCGAGAGGCAGCCUUGAAGACGUUCUGCAGUCUUCACGUGGAGCGCUGGGCUUUUGAUGUUGAACUUUUGUACAUUGCCCAGUGCUUCAAAAUACCAAUAGCAGAGGUGGCUGUUAAAUGGACAGAGAUUGAAGGAUCCAAGUUGGUUCCCUUUUGGAGCUGGCUGCAAAUGGGCAGAGACCUCAUCUUCAUCAGACUUCGUUAUAUCACUGGUGCCUGGAGGCUGGAGUCUCCGAGAAAGACCCAGUAGAACCCUGCCCUUAAUUCAAUGCUUAUUCACAAGCUGAAAAGUUUGUGAGUUGUAACAUGGUAUCAUGCUGGAUGGUAUCGCCACAAUUUACAUGCACUGUAUUUUCAGUCAGUGAACAGUUACGUUUCAUGUGUCAAACAUUGACACUGUAUUGCUUCUUAUAAGAUCAUCGUUUUUUGUAUUUUUUUUUCUUUCUGUUCUGAGGGGUUGGGUAAAACAACUCUCAGAAAUGUAGUAUGUUUUUGAUCAGCCAAAAAUGACAAUAAAAGCUGAAAUGGCAAAAA